AUGACCACUCCGGCAGCUGAACAGAAGAAAAUCAUCGAGCAGUUAAUGGGCAAGGGCUCUUUGUCCUCGCAUCGUAAUUCGUUCCGAGGUGAAAUGAGUCUGGAAGAUCCCAGAAUAUGCAAAUCGUUCCUUGUGGGUGAGUGUCUCUACGAUCUCUUCAAAGGCACCAAGCAGAGUUUGGGCCAAUGCCCAAAGAUUCACCUAGCAAAGCAUAAAAUACAGUACGAACGAGAGUUAAAAAACGGCAAGGAUUUUGUGGAGUUUGAACGCGAGUAUUAUUCGAUUUUGUUGAAGUUUGUGAACGACUGCAACGGUCAAGUUGCCGUCGCUCUCAAGAAACUGGAACACACGCCUGAAGAGCGCGAAAAAAUCCAAAGAGUAACAGGCGAACUAGAGGUUUCAGACUCUCAAAUUGGUCUGAUGUUGCAGGAAAUCAAGGUUUUGCUGCAGAAAAAUGAAGUCACCAAAGCCAUGAUGCAAUCUGUGAAACUGCAGCAGCUCCAGAAGCAUCGCCAAGAGGUGGCCAAAAGAGUACGAGAGAUUGCUGAAAACGUGGGACAGAGCGCCCAGCAGAAAUUACAGGUAUGCGAAAUCUGCGGUGCGUAUCUGUCAAGACUGGACACGGAUCGGAGACUCGCCGACCACUUCAUUGGUAAAAUUCACCUCGGCUAUGUCGUGAUACGGCAAGAACUAGAGCGUCUCAGACAACGUUUCAAGAACCGUGGCGAAGACGUGACAACGAUAUCAAGCCGCAGGCCGGCCCAAUCAUACCCUGCUCAGCCGCGAGCCGGGCAUACCUACAGAUCUUCCUAUCAGUCUCGCUACAAGCCUAGGACUUAUAGAAAUCACUGA